CUUCCCCAUCCGUUGACUCGAGCUCCGGAUCUCAGACGACGUCAAGGAGCCAAAGGAAUUACUUGUGGAUAUUACUAUGGAAAUAGCAACUCUCCCUUUACAGUCCCUACAGAUUCCACAUGCACAACUGUGUAUCCUCUUGGGAUUUGGGGUUUAUGUACCUACAGCGAUCAGCUGCCAAUUUGUGAAAUGUAUGGCGCUUGUGUUGAUGAUGCAGCAUGCAGCGAUGGUUGCUAUGGGUAUAAUUUCAAUACGCAAGACUUUACCACAACACUUUCUUGGUACGAGAUUUACCUAAAAGUUUUACGAAUUUCAGAUAGGCCGACUUACCGUAUAUAGUAUGACAAACUACUGCCAAAGCUCUUUACUGUCCGAUUCAUCAAGUCCCCGUCUCGGAGUCCAGACUUCAUAUAGUUGCGACACUACCUCGCAAAAUUCACCAGCGCUAUUCUUCGUAUCACCACUAGGUACUCCGUAUAACUUGAUAACUAGAACGACAAGUUCAUCUGAUAUAUCAGCUACUUCAUCGACAACUUUCGGUUCUGAACCAACUCCAGGUUCUUCUUUUACCUCAGCACCAGUCUCCAGUUCAGAAGCAAUUACACCACAGGAAACCACUGUAUCAUCAAAUCGUCAAGCAAAUUCUCCGAAAAACCACACAGGCGCCAUAAUCGGCGGAGCAAUAGGAGGAGUUACCUUUAUAACCUUCCUAACCUUAGCAACAUGGCUCCUCCACCGACACAGAAAAAACCAUAAACCACCCACAGAUCCAAGCACUUCAUCUCACGACCCAAAAGGUCCAGAUGAUAAUAUACAUGAGUUGAUGGAAAAAAAUGGACACACGCCUGAAAUUGGCGGGACUAUGGUGAUGGCUGAGGCGGAUAGUCCUAGCAUGGAUAGGGCGCCGGUUGAGAUGCAUGGCCCGGUGAUACGGAGAGAGCCGGUUGAGAUGGAGGCGUGAGAGAGGGUUUUAUGAUGGUUGGUGGGGGAAUGGUGUGUUUAUGGAGACUAGUGAUCAUAAUCUCAUAUUAUAGUUUGUGUUGGUCGAAAGUUUGUAUUCUUGCUAUGCGCACGUGUGACCAUAUGAUUGGAAUGGGAAAUUGAAGUUGAGGGUUAAUGUUGAAUGCUUAAUGUUUCUUGUAAGAUCUUAUGGAUACGUCGUGGAACUUAAACGCCUCUCCAUUUACUGUGCCCUAAAUAGAAAUCAAAAACACACUAUGAAUCUUCAAUCAAAGUCAUUCGUUUCGUGUAGGUACGCCGCUAUAUCUCUGUGCCGUUGUGAUAUCCUAUUAUGGCGAAGCUUGACCAUAACUUACGAUAUUCAAGUAUGCAACGUCGCAUGCAAUUCAUAAAAUGGGAAG